AUGGAUAGCUAUCAACGUGGCUGUUUUAACUGUGGCGAUUCGGCCCACCAGGCUCGAGACUGCCCCAAGAAAGGAUCACUCGUCUGCUAUAACUGCGGUGGCCGUGAUUGCAGUGAACCUGCCAAGGAGAAAUCAUGCUAUCGCUGCGGAUUGACUGGCCAUAUCUCGCGUGAUUGCCCUCAGGGAGGCGAGUCUGGAGAAACACGUUCUCAGGAAUGUUACAAGUGUGGCCAAGUCGGACACAUCGCUCGCAACUGCAGCCAGAACACUGGAUAUAACAACAGCGGCUACGGUGCCGGGUCCUAUGGUGGUGGCUACGGCAGCCGUCCCCAGACUUGCUACUCCUGCGGAGGAUAUGGUCACAUGGCCCGUGACUGCACCCAGGGUCAGAAGUGCUACAACUGCGGUGAAGUCGGCCAUGUUUCUCGCGAAUGCACCACCGAGGGCAAAGGUGAACGUGUCUGCUACAAAUGCAAGCAGCCCGGUCACGUCCAAGCCGCAUGCCCCAACUAG